AUGGACCUCAACGGGCAGCUUAGAGCUUCUAUACUAGCUCAUCAUCUCCCAUAUCCAUCUACAACUUUUUUAAACUCUCUCAUCACGGCGAGGUCUCCUCCACCUCCACUGCCUUCUCUUGUAGCAACGGCAAAGGCCCGCCUCCUAGCAGCAGACAUCACCAACAGCACCCUCAUAAACACAGCCUCACUACAAAGUCUACCACCAGAUGCAGACUCGCCUGAAUCUCGCGAGCGCCGUCUCCCGAGGCCUGUACACGUGCAGGUUCUAGACGUGGAAAACAUCUCGCUGAGUCGAUGGGAGCAAGUCGAGGAGAUGGAGGCUGUUGCGAGGGGAGAGACGACGCGUGGGAGAGAAGUUGUCCGCGUCACGGCAGAAGACGACGAUAAUCCUGAAACGCAACAGACUCAGCGUCCAACGACAGCAGCAGCAGCCAACGCGAGGACAGCGAGCAAGAAGGCAACGCAUAGACUCGUGGUGCAGGAUUGCAAGGGCGUCAAGCUCUACGCCCUAGAACUAAAGCGUAUCGACGGCAUCGGCGUUGGAAAGACACAAAUUGGCGAAAAGAUGCUCCUUAAAGCUGGAACGGUACUCGCCCGUGGAAUUAUCCUGCUAGAGCCCGAGAAAUGCGUCUUGCUGGGCGGCAAGAUCGAAGCAUGGCAAAAGACGUGGGCGGAUGGUAGAUUGGCAAGGUUGAAGGAGGAGAUUAGACAAAAUGAGCAGCAACAGGCAUCAUGA